GAGAGAGAGAGAGAGAGAGGGAGAAUUGAGAAAUGAGAAUAUGGUCUUUGUCUCUCUCUCGUAUCUUUCACACACUCUCUCCGUCUAUCUAGCUAUUUGGUCUUUUUAAAGAGAAGAAGCAAAGCAUCUGAUUUUUAUUAUUAUUUGGUGCUUUUAACUACUGUUCAGGUUCUUCAAAAAGUUCUUGGCAACCAGUCAUGACUGCCGAUACAACCACCUUGCAUUAUUGGUUAAAUUGGAGAGUUUUGCUCUGUGCUAUUUGGGUGUUUUCGCCAAUGAUUGCUGCGUCAAUUUUGAUACGUAAAUAUGAAGGCUCGGAUGCUGAACAACACGACCGUGAAGAGACCCAGCAAAAAAGAGCUGGUACCUUAUAUGCAGAUGAGUCUUGGAGGCCUUGUCUGAAAGAAAUUCAUCCCAUUUGGCUGCUUGCCUUCCGCAUUGUCGCAUUUUUAGUACUCUUGACAUUGCUUAUUAUCAAUGUUGUUCUUGAUGGAGGUGGCGUAUUCUACUUCUAUACUCAGUGGACAUUCGCAUUGGUUACUAUCUACUUUGGGCUUGGUUCUUUACUCUCCCUUUAUGGAUGCUAUCAAUUUCUCAAUAAAGUUGGGGGUGAUAUGGUUGAGCAAUUGAGGUUAGAUGAAGAGCGAGGCACUUAUGUUGCACCUAUACAUGAAGGAAACGCAAACGUAUUCCGCCCUGCCAAAAGCCCAUCUCACCAUGAAGAGCGUUAUGUUUGUAAAAUUAGUGGGAUUUGGGGCUACGUGUUCCAAAUCAUUUACCAGACUAGUGCAGGUGCUGCUACGCUCACCGAUGUUGUCUUCUGGCUCAUCAUUUAUCCAUUUCUUACUGCCAAAGAUUAUAGGCUGAAUUUUUUAUUGGCUGGUAUGCAUUCGCUGAACGCCGUCUUUCUUCUUGGAGAUGCUGCUUUGAAUAGCUUGAGGUUCCCAUGGUUCCGGAUCUCCUACUUUGUUUUGUGGACAGCUAUGUUUGUCAUUUUCCAAUGGGUCAUCCAUGCUUGUGUCUCACUUUGGUGGCCAUACCCUUUUCUUGACUUGUCAUCGCCUUAUGCUCCACUAUGGUAUUUAAUGGUGGCAUUGUUGCAUGUUCCAUGCUAUGUGGCCUUUCCUCUCAUUAUAAAGCUGAAGCACAACUUGCUGUCAAGAUGGUUUCCUCACUCACACCAGUUCUUAAAGUAAACACCGACACCAUCGAAAGGCACUGGCUGUAGCGGAACCAAUCUGGUUCAUAUACGACUUGAUUUAUUUUUCCAUGUGGCUCCUUGUGGGAACUGGGAAGUCCUUUUGCUGUUUGAUCAAGAGUUCCUUCAAUGGAGUUGCAUGAGAAUGGCACAGAAAGGAGGGGCUUUUUGUAGCAUGCUUUUCUUUCAUUUAUCUUCCGCUUAUGAAAUUUGGGUUUAAGGAAAGAUGUUGUUGGUUAAUGGGAAUGUAGGAAUUUUAUUUCGAAAAUUCUAUUUUCUUUGUUUAUACUUUA